UGAUACUUUCUAAUGUAUUUUUGCUUUACAGAUGAAUGAGAUCGAAGUAUGUCCAGAAUGUUAUCUAGCUGCUUGCCAAAAACGAGAUAACUGGUUUUGUGAGCCUUGUAGCAAUCCACAUCCUUUGGUCUGGGCAAAACUGAAGGGGUUUCCAUUCUGGCCUGCAAAAGCUCUGAGAGAUAAAGAUGGGCAGGUUGAUGCCCGUUUCUUUGGACAACAUGACAGGGCCUGGGUUCCAAUUAAUAAUUGCUACCUCAUGUCUAAAGAAAUUCCUUUUUCUGUGAAAAAGACUAAAAGCAUCUUCAACAGUGCCAUGCAAGAAAUGGAGGUUUAUGUGGAGAACAUCCGCAGGAAGUUUGGGGUUUUUAAUUACUCUCCGUUCAGGACACCCUACACGCCCAAUAGCCAGUACCAAAUGCUGCUCGAUCCCACUAACCCCAGCGCUGGCACUGCCAAGAUAGACAAGCAGGAAAAGGUCAAGCUCAACUUUGACAUGACAGCGUCCCCCAAGAUCCUGAUGAGCAAGCCCAUGCUGAGCGGGGGCACGGGCCGCAGGAUUUCCUUGUCGGAUAUGCCACGCUCCCCCAUGAGUACAAACUCUUCGGUGCACACGGGCUCCGACGUGGAACAGGACACCGAGAAGAAGGCCACUUCCAGCCACUUCAGCGCCAGCGAGGAGUCCAUGGACUUUCUCGAUAAGAGCACAGCUUCACCAGCCUCCACAAAGACGGGACAAGCAGGGAGUUUAUCUGGCAGCCCGAAAACUUUCUCUCCUCAAGCGUCAGCACCUAUCACUACGAAAAUGGACAAGACAUCCACCACUGGAAGCAUCCUGAAUCUUAACCUGGAUCGAAGCAAAGCCGAGAUGGACUUAAAGGAGCUGAGCGAGUCGGUCCAGCAGCAGUCCAACCCCGUUCCUCUCAUCUCUCCCAAGCGGCAGAUUCGCAGCAGGUUCCAACUAAAUCUUGACAAGACGAUAGAGAGUUGCAAAGCACAAUUAGGUAUAAAUGAAAUCUCGGAAGAUGUGUACACGGCUGUAGAGCACAGCGAUUCAGAGGAUUCCGAGAAGUCAGAUAGUAGCGAUGGUGAGUAUAUCAGUGAUGAUGAGCAGAAGCCCAAGAAUGAGCCAGAAGACACCGAAGACAAAGAGGGCAGUCAGAUGGACAGAGAGCCACCUGCUGUCAAAAAAAAGCCCAAACCGGCAAACCCAGUCGAGAUUAAAGAGGAGCUGAAAAGCACAUCACCAACCAGUGAAAAAGCCGAUCCGGGGGCAGUCAAGGACAAGGCCAGCCCUGAGCCUGAGAAAGACUUUUCAGAAAAAGCAAAACCAUCACCUCAUCCCACAAAGGAUAAACUGAAGGGAAAAGAUGAGACGGACUCCCCUACAGUACAUUUGGGCCUGGACUCCGAUUCAGAGAGUGAACUUGUCAUAGAUUUAGGAGAAGACCAUUCUGGGCGGGAGGGUCGAAAAAAUAAGAAGGAACCCAAAGAACCAUCUCCCAAGCAGGAUGUUGUAGGUAAAGCUCCAUCAUCUACUACUGUGGGCAGCCAGUCUCCCCCUGAAACACCGGUGCUCACCCGCUCCUCCUCCCAAGCUCCUGCGGCUGGUGUCCCAGCCACCACCAGCACAACGUCCACCAUCACAGUCACGGCCCCGGCCAAUGCCGCCGCCACCACAGGAAGCCCCGUGAAAAAGCAGAGGCCGCUUUUGCCGAAGGAGACUGCCCCGGCUGUGCAGCGGGUCGUGUGGAACUCAUCAACUGUCCAGCAGAAGGAGAUCACACAGAGCCCAUCCACGUCCACCAUCACUCUGGUGACCAGCACACAGUCAUCGCCCCUGGUCAGCAGUUCGGGGUCCACGAGCACCCUGGCAUCUUCAGUCAAUGCUGACCUGCCCAUCGCCACUGCCUCAGCUGAUGUCGCCGCGGAUAUCGCCAAGUACACUAGCAAAAUGAUGGAUGCAAUAAAAGGAACGAUGACAGAAAUAUACAACGAUCUUUCUAAAACCACUACUGGAAGCACAAUAGCUGAGAUUCGCAGGCUAAGGAUCGAGAUCGAGAAGCUUCAGUGGCUGCACCAGCAAGAGCUCUCUGAAAUGAAACACAACUUGGAGCUGACCAUGGCGGAGAUGCGGCAGAGCCUGGAGCAGGAGCGGGAUCGGCUCAUUGCAGAGGUGAAGAAGCAGCUGGAGCUGGAGAAGCAGCAGGCGGUGGAUGAGACCAAGAAGAAGCAGUGGUGCGCCAACUGCAAGAAGGAGGCCAUCUUCUACUGCUGCUGGAAUACCAGCUACUGCGACUACCCCUGCCAGCAGGCCCACUGGCCCGAGCACAUGAAGUCCUGCACCCAGUCGGCUACCGCUCCUCAGCAGGAAGCGGAUGCCGAGGUGAACGCGGAAACACUGAACAAGUCAUCCCAGGGGAGCUCCGCUAGCACACAGUCAGCCCCUUCGGAAACAGCCAGCGCCUCGAAAGAGAAGGAGCCACCAGCUGAGAAAAGCAAGGAGAGUGGCUCGACCCUUGACCUUUCUGGCUCCAGAGAGACACCCUCCUCCAUUCUCUUAGGCUCCAACCAAGGCUCUGUUAGCAAAAGGUGUGACAAGCAACCUGCCUAUGCCCCAACCACCACAGAGCACCAGCCGCACCCCAACUACCCAGUCCAGAAGUACCACUCCCGGAGUAGCAAGUCCAGUUGCUGGAGCAGCAGUGACGAGAAGCGAGGAUCGGCCCGCUCUGAGCACAACAGCAGUAGCAGCGCGAAGAGCCUCAUCCCGAAAGAGUCUCGGCUGGACACCUUCUGGGACUAGGGGCAAAUUGUGACACGAAUCACCCGCCCCACUGUUGGCGGGGGAAACCCAGACACCAGGCAGAUAGGAAACGGCUAAGACAGAACCACCACCUUCAGGCUUGAGGAUUCCGCGUGUUCAGCCUUGGCCGGUGCGCCUGGCGCCGGGGGCAGCCUACACUACAUGAUGUCCAGCAUUAGCUCUGAGCGAGGGCUGUUCGGCCCACACGAACCCUGUGCUUUAGAUGUAAAUAAUGUACAAUUUGUGGAUGUCAUUGAGCCUAGAGUUCCUUCCCUUUUUAUAUUUGUAUUGACUUUAACUUAUAAAAAAGAAAAACAAUUUAAAAAAACGUAAUAACAAAAAGAAUGUUUUGAUGUUGGAGAAGGGAUGGUCAGUUGCCCUUCUGUCACACAGUGGAAUAGAGACUGGGCCUGGAGAUCGCUGUCACAGGCCCUCCUCCUUGGAUACCCAGGGGGACAGUGAGCCAUUUCUGCGCAUACCUGUGUACGCAGCACGUUGGGAUCAGGAGUUUUGGCACAGCCUCUGUGCUGUCAUGGGCUCAUCACAUCAAGCCAUCGACCCCUUUCAAAUACUACGUUAUUAUGUUACAAAACACAAACUCUCCGGAUCAGAAGAACACAGGAGAAGCUAGUUUAUUUUGUGUGGUUUCAAUGAUGACUCUCCUGCUAAAAGGGAAAAAUCAAUGUUCUUGUUUACAGAAGAUACACAGAAACAAGCCCCACUCAGCUCAAUUGCAGAAGAGUAGAAGAAAGUGUUAGGGUGAUAAACUCCUAAACAAAGAGAGAUCUUUGCUCUGCAGUUCCUCUCGACACACUCACACGCUUGGGAAGAGAUGCCAUGCUUCUCAGGAGCAGGAACUGGAAAGCAAGACGCACGCAGAGGACGUUUGAGUCUGGGAGGAAGCAUGUAUGUAUUAUUUAUAUGACGGGAUUUUACGUUUUUAUGUAAGCAUGAGACAAAGGCAGUAUGAGAGAGCAAGGCCCCACAUGCUGUCUGUUACACUACGUAUGCUGUAGCACCAUUCUGUAUGUUGUGUAAAACAAAAAGCAUUGAUCAAAGCAAAAGGUGAUGUCUGUAUAUGAGAAAAUUAAUUGUACGAUAUCAUUCCAGGACAUUUUGUUGUACAUUUUAGUCUCGUUUACUUUCUCUUCAUUGUUGAUAAGAGGAUACGAAUUGUACAGUUUCCAGCUAGUUACCCAUAUUAGAGAAGAAAUAAGAAGAAAGUAUUAGAAGAAAAAGGAGAGAAAGAACGUUUGUCAAUUGCAGUUGUCCAAAAAGAAAAAAAAAUAGCCUAGCUGGCCUUAUUUGUGAAGCAUAAUUGCUUUUAGCAUAUGGAAGUAUUUUUUCACAUUUUCUUUGUAUAAAAUUUGUAUUAAACUUAAAUAUCUUUUUUGAUGAUGGUGUUUCUUUGUGACUUAGCCAGUGGACUCACACGCUAUGCUCUUUUGGGUUCUUCCCUCCCUAUCUCCCUCCCGAUUUUUUCAGAUUCUUCACCUUUUUUUAAUUAAACUGUUUUGGAAAAGUG